AUGGCGACCACUUCUAACAUGUUCCUUUACUCGCUGACGAUCCAGCCGCCAACCAAUGUCGUCCAAGCGGUUCUGGGUCAGUUCGCGGGCACCAAGGAGCAGCUCAUCAUCACGGGUGCUGGGUCACGGCUGGCUCUCUUACGGCCUGACCCGUCGCAGGGAAAGGUCAUCACACUGCUGUCUCAUGACAUCUUCGGCAUUAUCAGGUCUUUGGCGGCCUUUCGCCUAGCAGGCAGCAAUAAGGACUACUUAAUCUUAGCAACUGACUCUGGUCGGAUCACGGUUAUUGAGUAUCUUCCGAAAGAGAAUCGAUUCCACAAGCUGCAUCUGGAGACUUUUGGAAAGUCUGGCGUGCGGAGAGUUAUUCCUGGAGAAUAUCUCGCUUGUGACCCCAAGGGGCGCGCGUGUCUCAUUGCAUCCAUUGAGAAGAACAAGCUCGUAUACGUGCUCAAUCGAAAUUCUCAGGCAGAGCUCACCAUCUCCUCGCCCCUCGAGGCUCACAAGCCUGGAGUCUUGGUCAUUUCUAUGGUGGCACUAGAUGUUGGCUAUGCCAAUCCUGUGUUUGCUGCUCUAGAGAUGGACUACACUGAGGCGGACCAAGAUGCUACAGGGGAAGCUUUGCGAGAGCUGGAAACUCAGCUGGUCUACUAUGAGCUUGAUCUCGGUCUCAAUCACGUCGUGAGAAAGUGGUCAGAGCCUGUAGACUCAACUGCCUCGCUGCUAUUCCAGGUACCCGGUGGCAAUGAUGGGCCCAGUGGCGUCCUGGUGUGUGGCGAGGAGAAUAUCACAUACCGCCAUUCCAACCAAGAGGCUUUCCGGGUGCCAAUUCCCCGCCGACGAGGAGCAACGGAGGAUCCGUCCAGAAAGCGCACCAUCAUCUCUGGUGUCAUGCACAAGCUCAAGGGCAGCGCUGGCGCUUUCUUCUUCCUACUCCAGACCGAGGACGGUGACAUGUUCAAGGUCACAAUCGACAUGGUAGAGGACGAAGAAGGCAACACUACAGGUGAAGUCAGAAGGCUCAAAAUCAAGUAUUUCGAUACAGUUCCAGCUGCAGCUAGUCUCUGUAUUUUGAAGAGCGGCUUCCUCUAUGUUGCCAGCCAGUUCGGAAACUUCUCCUUCUACCAAUUCGAAAAACUUGGAGACGAUGACGAAGAGUUGGAGUUUACCAGCGAUGACUUCCCCGUCGAUGCACAGGCUUCAUAUAAUCCUGUCUACUUCUAUCCCCGGCCAUUGGAAAAUCUGGUCCUCGUUGAGAGCAUUCCUUCCAUGAACCCUCUUCUUGACUGCAAGGUUGCCAACCUGACCAACGAGGAUGCGCCUCAGAUUUACACCAUUUGCGGCAACGGUGCUCGAAGCACAUUCCGGACACUGAAGCAUGGGCUUGAGAUUAAUGAAAUCGUGUCCUCUGAGCUGCCCGGUAUCCCAUCUGCUGUUUGGACGCUGAAGCUGAAUCGAACUGCACAAUAUGAUGCAUACAUUGUCCUCUCCUUUACUAACGGGACUCUUGUCCUCAGUAUAGGAGAGACGGUGGAAGAAGUCAGCGACUCUGGGUUCCUUACCAGUGUCCCAACCCUGGCUGCCCAGCUGCUUGGUGAUGACGGUCUGAUUCAAGUUCACCCCAAGGGUAUUAGGCAUAUCCGUAACGGGCAAGUUAACCAGUGGGACGCUCCGCAGCACCGGUCUAUCGUAGCCGCUUCAACCAACGCCCACCAAGUAGCUAUUGCCCUAAGCUCUGGUGAAAUUGUCUAUUUCGAGAUGGAUGAUGACGGUUCAUUGGCAGAAUACGACGAGAAGAAAGAAAUGUUCGGAACAGUUACUUGCCUGAGCCUGGGCGAAGUUCCCGAAGGCAGAUUGCGGAGUUCGUUCCUUGCAGUUGGCUGUGACGACUGCACAGUUCGCAUAUUGAGCCUUGACCCGGAGUCUACUCUCGAAAACAAGUCAGUGCAAGCACUGACAGCAGCGCCCACCUCCCUCGCCAUCAUUUCCAUGGAAGACUCGUCAUCAGGCGGCUCCACUCUCUACCUACACAUCGGCCUCUACUCAGGCGUCUACCUGCGGACUGUCUUGGAUGAAGUUACUGGCGAAUUAACAGACACGCGGCAGAAGUUUCUGGGGCCGAAGCAAGUGAGACUAUUCCAGGUAACGGUCCAGGGAAGGACUUGUGUACUUGGUCUAAGCUCUCGACCAUGGCUGGGAUACGCUGAUCCCAUCACCAAGACUUUUGUCGUCACUCCCCUCAACUAUGUUGAUCUAGAAUGGGGCUGGAAUUUUACAAGCGAGCAGUGCGAGGAAGGCGUCGUGGGCAUUCAAGGGCAAACUCUACGGAUUUUCUCUGUCGACCGACUUGGGGACACACUUAUCCAGAGUUCAAUUCCCUUGACUUACACGCCCAAGAAGAUGGUGAAGCAUCCAGAUCAUCCUCUUUUCUAUGUGAUUGAGGCGGAUAAUCAUACUCUUGCUCCUGAACUCUGCGCCAAAUUGCUCGCAGACCCAGCCCGGGUCAAUGGGGACACCAAGGUCCUUCCAGCAGAAGAAUUCGGGCACCCCAGAGGCAACCGACGCUGGGCCUCGUGUAUCAGCGUCGUUGACCCUCAAGCCGAAGAUGGCCAAGUUCUGCAAAGAAUAGACCUAGAGGAGAAUGAGGCCGCAGUCAGUGUGGCCAUCGUUACGUUUGCCAGUCAGGAGAACGAAACCUUCCUGGUCGUUGGAACCGGGAAAGAUAUGGUCGUGAACCCUCGCAGUUUUUCUGACGCAUUCGUCCAUAUCUACCGGUUUGAGAACGACGGCAGGGGUCUAGUAUUCAUCCACAAAACCAAGGUCGAAGAGCCUCCUAUGGCCAUGAUUCCUUUCCAAGGACGAGUGUUGGUGGGCAUUGGAAAGACACUCCGCAUAUACGAUCUCGGUAUGCGGCAGCUGCUACGAAAGGCCCAAGCCGAAGUCGCACCACAGCAGAUCAUUUCUCUAAGCACGCAAGGCAACCGAAUUGUUGUUGGAGACGUGCAGCAAGGCAUAACCUACGCUGUCUACAAGCAGUCAACAAACAAACUCAUUGCUUUCGUGGACGACACCGUCGCCAGAUGGACAACGUGCACAACGAUGGUAGAUUAUGAGACUGUUGCUGGUGGAGACAAAUUCGGCAACAUCUUCAUCGUGCGCUCUCCGCAGAAGGCCAGUGAAGAGGCCGAUGAGGAGCAAGCAGGGCUUCAUUUACUCAACGCGAGAGACUAUCUUCACGGAACCUCUCAUCGCCUGGAUCUGAUGUGCCACCUCUUCACUCAGGAUAUUCCAACGAGCAUUGCCAAAACCAGCUUGGUGGUUGGAGGGCAGGACGUCCUGUUGUGGAGCGGACUUAUGGGCACUAUUGGUGUUUUGAUUCCGUUUGUUACGCGAGAAGAUACAGACUUCUUCCAAAGUCUAGAACAGCAUAUGAGGGCCGAGGAUCCUCCUCUGGCAGGCCGAGACCACUUAAUGUACCGCAGCUACUAUGCACCCAUGAAGGGCAUCAUCGACGGUGAUCUCUGUGAGAGAUAUGCUCUGCUUCCAAAUGAUAAGAAGCAAAUGAUUGCAGGGGAGCUGGACCGCUCUGUCCGAGAAAUUGAGCGGAAAAUAUCGGACAUCCGAACUCGGUCUGCCUUUUAA